AUGUCUCUCAUUAACUUCACCGGCAUCGUGCACGUGCUUUACGAAUGGUACAUAUACAUCAUCCCCAGUCUCUUCCUCGCCAUAUUUCUGGGAGUAGCAAUCCAUGACUACAUUCUCACCCUACGCAUGCCGCCAGGCCCGCGUCCCUUACCUUUCAUCGGCAACAGACUCUCCAUUCCCCAAAAGUCGCCUUGGAUCCAAUUCGAAAAAUGGUCAAAAGUCUACGGACCCAUUUAUACUCUCUGGAUGGGCCGGAGACCUACCAUAAUCAUCUCCGACCCCAAUGUGGCAGUUGAUUUGCUCGAAAAGAGAAGUAACAAGUACAGCUCCAGGCCACGAUUUGUGGUUAUGGGGGAGUUAUAUUGGGAAAAUGCGAGUAUUUUGGUGCAGCCGUAUGGCCGGGAAUGGCAGCUGAGACGCAAGUUACUGCAUCAGGCGCUUAAUCCUUCAGCACUGAAAUUGUAUAAGCCGAUCCAGGAGGCGGAGGCGACAAGGCUUUGUCAUCAACUUUUUGUGAAUCCGAAGGCGUAUGAAGGGUUGAUUGAUCGGUUUACGUCUAGUGUGGUUUUUAGCAUCUCAUAUGGUCACCGGAUUGACUCGAUGAAUGCAGAGGUUAUUCGUCAGCGGUUGGAGUUUAUGCAGUACUCUGCCUCGCUUAAUGUGCCUGGUAAAUACCUAGUCGAAAGUAUGCCUGUCUUGAAAUAUGUACCGAAUCUGUUGGCACCCUGGAAGAAAGCAAUCCAAGAAAAGGGCCGCCACGAAGCAGCAGUCAACAUGUCCCUCGUUCGCCAAGUACAGAACGAGAUGUCGACCAAAGCCGAAAUUCCAGAAUCUUUGACGAAAAUUCUCCUACGUGCAAAAGAGGAAGACCCAGAGUCAUUCAGCAUGUUGAGUGAACGGGACUUUUCUUUUAUUCCUGCAUCCCUGUUUGGUGCCGGCAGUGAUACAACGGCCAGUACUUUGUGCAGUGGUAUUCUGAUGCUCAUCACGAACCCCGUUACCUUACAAGCAGCGCAUGCCGAGCUCGAUGCAGUCAUUGGAUCAGAUCGCUCGCCAACUUUCGAAGAUGAGAGAUCUCUUCCAUAUAUCAGCGCCAUGUGCUCAGAGAUCCUGCGUAUCCGUCCCGUUGCAGUCCUGGGUGGUACUCCGCACGCAAAUUCAGAGUCAGAUAUCUACCAGGGAUUCUACAUCCCCAAGGGGACAAACAUUCUAUCCAAUUCAUGGGCUAUUAAUCUCAACCCUCGCUACUACCCCAACCCGCAUCAUUUCAACCCCCUACGAUUCUUGCCAAAUAAUAUCCCUCCAAGUUCACUAUCAUAUCUUCCCAAAGAAUACGUCGCCUCAACGCCACUUGAAAAGGGAGAACCGCACCCAUCCCGUGAUGGACAUAGCUCAUUCGGCUGGGGCCGACGCAUCUGUCCCGGAGCCGGUCUGGCGCGAAAUUCAUUGUUCAUUGCCGUCGCAAAGAUGUUGUGGAGUUUUGACAUUUUGCCUGUUACGGAGAAGGAUGGGUCGACGAGGAAGUAUGAUACGUUCGCGUAUACGGAAGGGUUUAAUGUUAGGCCUAGGCCCUUUGAAUGUGUUAUCAAGGUAAGGAGUGAGAAGCAUGAGGCUGUUUUGAAGAGAGAGUUUGUGGAGGCGGAGAAGUCGAUGAGUAGGUUUAGUGCGUUCUCUGAGUAA